UCCCAGUCGUGAGAGCAGGGUCACCGCGCCCAUCUCUGCUGUCUGAUGGCUGGAGCGAGCGCCUGACACAGCGAGCGACGGAGAACGACGAGUGUGGGACCUCGCAGAAAGGCUACUUCGGACAGAGCAUUGUGUUGACCACAUUAACCACGAGGCAUCUGCGUGAAGCUCGCGUUGUUUGGAGCAGAAUCGGCGCGGUUGCAGCUGUCGCGGCUGCGGGUUCGGGGAGUGCCGCUCUCCGCUGACGGACUGACGGACUGUCUGCAGGUCGGGCAGCUGUGGAUCUCUCCUCGCGGUGUACAGUCAAUGAUAGAUACACAACGAACUGUACCGACACAACACAGAUCAGUGCGAGCGCCAGUGAGCGGACGGAGUGAAGCCCAUCGCCGAGCGGAAGAAAAUGAGCGAACUCGACCAGUUACGCCAGGAGGCUGAACAGCUGAAAAACCAGAUCCGAGAUGCACGGAAAGCCUGUGCGGAUGCCACCCUCUCUCAGAUCACAGCCAAUAUUGAGCCUGUGGGGCGGAUUCAGAUGCGCACCAGACGGACACUGAGGGGACACUUGGCCAAGAUCUACGCCAUGCACUGGGGCACUGACUCAAGGCUUCUGGUUAGCGCUUCUCAGGAUGGAAAACUCAUUAUCUGGGACAGCUAUACUACAAACAAGGUGCACGCUAUCCCGCUGCGCUCCUCGUGGGUCAUGACCUGCGCCUAUGCCCCGUCUGGAAACUAUGUGGCCUGUGGAGGCCUGGACAACAUCUGCUCCAUCUACAACCUGAAGACCCGCGAGGGGAACGUGCGCGUCAGCCGUGAGCUGGCCGGACACACAGGAUACCUGUCCUGCUGCCGCUUCCUGGACGAUAACCAGAUCGUCACCAGCUCCGGAGACACCACCUGUGCUCUGUGGGAUAUCGAGACCGGGCAGCAGACCACCACGUUCGCAGGUCACACCGGUGAUGUCAUGUCCCUGUCUCUGGCCCCGGACACUCGUCUGUUCGUGUCGGGCGCCUGUGACGCCUCGGCCAAGCUGUGGGACGUCAGGGAAGGCAUGUGCAGGCAAACCUUCACCGGCCACGAGUCCGACAUCAACGCCAUCUGUUUCUUCCCCAAUGGAAACGCGUUCGCCACGGGCUCGGACGACGCCACCUGCAGGCUGUUUGACCUGCGCGCCGAUCAGGAGCUGAUGGUCUACUCUCACGACAACAUCAUCUGUGGCAUCACCUCCGUGGCCUUCUCCAAGAGCGGACGCCUGCUGCUCGCCGGCUACGACGACUUCAACUGCAACGUGUGGGACGCUCUGAAAGCCGACCGCGCAGGGGUCUUGGCGGGUCACGAUAACCGCGUCAGCUGCUUGGGCGUAACUGAUGACGGGAUGGCUGUGGCUACAGGCUCCUGGGAUAGUUUCCUUAAAAUCUGGAAUUAAAGCCGUCAGAUCGCAUCCGGACUCUAAGGUUGACUGGAAGACCAUUCCGAAAUGAAAACGUUCGAUUUUAUUCCCCUCUCUCCUUCUCAAACACAACAGAACUGACCCCAACAUCUGUAAACAACAAAAGAGCAAACAUUUCUUCUUUGGGAAAAAAACUAAAAGAAAAGAGCACAAUUGUCACACUCCGCUAGAUUGUAGUUGGUAAGUGGAUGAAAGUUGCUACUUGUGCAUGGUUCUGAGAUCACCAGACACUCAUUCCACUGCUACCGUCAUCCGUCUGUAAUCUGAACACACGAGGUUUUUCUAAACGAAACUAGCUCGAUAGCUUUACGGGCCGUGUUUGGGACCUCUCCCCCAGUCAGGAUCACAGGCCUGCUUUUGUCUCCUAGUUUUUAAAUGUUUGGGGAUCAAAUUAAUAGUUAGGAAUUUAAACAAGCAUGGCGUUCUGCAAGUUUCUGUUCGUCAGUAAACGCUCAAGGAUUCGAUCAGGGCUCCACUAGCUGCUAUCAGGCCUGUAUAUUACGUCCCAGGAAAUUUGAUUAUUAAUGUUCUUCUUUCUUUCUUUUUUUGUCUUUGUGUUUGCACACGUGAUAGUUUUGCAGAUACGUAACCUAACCAAGCACGAGUUGUUCAUGAUGACCAAUGCUUGAUUUUCGAAGAUGAAACAUGUCAAUUUUAACCAUACUUCUCCUCAUGCUUUCUGGAAACUAAUUCAUUGAAGAUUAACUAAUCAUUUUAAUCGUUUUAUUUGAUCUUUUUCUUCUCUGUGAUGUUGAAGGAGGGGUGGGCGGUUCUUCAUUUUUUCGGUUUCAACAGAGGUGCCCGUUCUGUGCUCAGUUACUACUCUGUGAAUGACAUGUUGUAUAAAUCAAUGUUUGAAAAUAAUGAUAUGGAAAACUUUUUAAGUUAAAAAAAAAAAAAUAUAUAUGAAAAAAAAUCUUCUUUUGGUUGUCUGCCAUGGGGGGGGGGGGACUCGUAGAUCGCAUGCUGUAGAAAUGCUUAAAGAGGUGCAUAUGGAACUAAGUCAUUGAUGUUUUCCCUUUCUUUUCUUUUUUAAUAGCCUGUUAAGUGGAUCAUCACAGUAUUUAUUUUUUUUUCUUCCUUUUUUCUUUUGCUACUCUGUGCAUACACAAUUUAGUUUAACUUUCGAAGCUAUGCACUAAAGAGAAGCAAACAAUGUUGAUCACAACAGUGAAUGGUGACCUGUUCUGUCCCUGUUGUGAAUCCCACACACACACACACACACACACACUCAGAUAACUAGAACAAAGAAAUCUCUCUCUCUCUGUAGCAAAAGAAAAAUUUCAGAUACAAAGACAGUGCUAGAGACAUUUUGUAACAAACAGGUUUUUUGUUCUUUAAUAAAAAAAUGAAAUAAAAUGAGGCAGCAUCUGAAUGGCAGAAGUUCUUCUGUUGUUCCUCUCGACGUGUGUCAAGAAGAGCGCUCUUUCCUUAGCUGUAGUGGCAUUUCUUCCAUUCUGUUAUUUCUCUGCAACAUUCUGUACAAAAAAAAAAAAUGUACAAAAACUUAAAAAAAGUGCUGUCGUUGUGCGUUAGGCCGGAAGUUGGCAAGAAAAAAAAUAAUAAAAAUAAAAAGAAUCUAAAUUUUCUUUGUUCCUCCCUCUCUUCCCUGUCCUCUCUUGUCUCUCCAUAUGAAUAACUUACAGCUCUGCAUUCCCACUCUACCUUUAUCCAUCUUUUGUAUUUAAUUUUAAAGUCAGUGUACAACAGGAAGCUGGAUGCAAGAUAGAAACUAUAUUAAAAUGUACUGUUAUUUAAGAUGUAAUAAAAGCAGUUUGAGAUGA